AUGAGCAUCUAUGAAUCUAUCGGCACGACUCUGUCUUUUCUCAGUCUGAUAUGGAUUCCGGCCACGCUGCUAUGCUGCUUACCAUGGGUCCAGAAACAAAUGCUCUAUCUCCAUAACUUCACGUUCUUCCCCGGGAAAUGGUUGACGCAGCCUGAAAGAGCCGGAUUUCUAAAAAACCAGGUCAUACCCUUUCGCAUUACUUCGAAAGACGGAGAGCGACUCUUCGCAUGGCUUAUAGCACCAUUGGGUAUAUAUGCUAAAAAUGCCGAUGCGUUCAUCGGGGAGAAGACAGGCAUCGACGUAGAGAAUACAGUUGCCUGGAAUGCGCUACGCAACGACCCGGAAGCCAGACUACUCAUCUACUUUCACGGGAAUUCUGCGACUUUAGCACAGGAGCGCCGCACGAUAGAGUAUCGAUCCUUCUCUGCUGGAGCGUCGGAGAAGAUGUUUGUUCUAGCAUUCGACUAUCGCGGCUUUGGCAUCUCAACAGGCGAACCCUCGGAAUCUGGUCUACUGAACGAUGCAGAGGCUGUUAUUGACUGGGCUUUGAAGACUUGCCUGAUACCUCCCGAGCGAAUCGUACUUUUGGGACACUCACUAGGGACCGCUGUCGUAUCAGGCAUUGCACACCGUUACGCGACCAGUCUCGGCAUAGAGUUCGCUGGCCUCAUUCUGUGCGCAGCCUUUACGAAUGCUGGAAACGCAUUUUCGUCAUAUUCGAUCGGUGGCGUUGUGCCUGUUCUUGCGCCUGUGAAGGUGUUCCCUGCCUUCCAGGCCUGGUUUGCCCGCAGGAUGGUAGAUACCUGGCGAAGCGACGAUCGACUGGCAACAAUGGCGCGUACCUGCUCGAGGUUCAAGCUGGUCCUUGUUCAUGCCGAGAGCGACCAGACCAUGCCAUGGCACGAAACGGAAGCGCUCUUCCAAUCGACACUUCGGGCCGCCAAAGACGCGAGUCCGAAUGAAGACGGCCUCAAGAGUCUUGAGGUGGUGGAUUUGGGCGAAGCCGGACGACAAGAGGUUUGGCAGAGCAAUUCGCGCAGCAUCUCGAAGACGAUUGCUAAGCACGGCGGUACGUACUCGUCCUGA